UCAUACUAUGGCUAUGAUAAAGCAUGCAAUGAAAACCGUCAAAGAAUCUACUAAGUUCUUAAACCCUAAUCAAACUCCUGUUAUAGCGAUGGACCAACCACUCUAUGCACUCGCUAAGCAAAUACAGUGGAACAACAAAAAUGAAUUCGGUGAAGAUAAGUACAUGGUAAUGAUGGGUGGCCUGCAUAUUGAGAUGGCAAUAUUAAAGAUGAUUGGACAUUGGUUAACUAACAGUGGGUGGGCAAGUGCUCUAAUUCAUGCUGAGGUUAUGACAAGUGGAAGAGCGGAUUCUGUUUUGAAAGGAUCGCACGUGACGAGAUCUCGCUAUGUCCACCAAGUAAGUGCCUGUGCAAUUUACCUUAUGCAGAAAAUUGCUUACCAGGAGUACAUCGAAAGUUGUGAAGACAAGCCCCAAAAGUUAUGA